AUGAGAGCCACAGAGGACAGGAAGCCAGAGGCCAGGCCAGGCCGAGUCACUACAGGAUGUCUGGUGCCCUUGCUUCAGCUCUUGGGGGCAGAUAAGGCUGGCAUGGGUAGUGUGGUGCUGUGGUCCCUCCCUAGGUGUCCCAAGUCUGGGGCUGGCGCGCCCCCAGAUGUGCUUCUCCAGACUGGACUGAGCGCCGGUGGGGCUGGAACGGCUGCCUGUCCCUCGCGGAGCCACCAGCACCUGCUCCCCGAACUGUGCUAUUCCAGGCCCACACACGCGUGGGGGUCCAAGCCAGGGCUCGGGCGGGGGACGGAUGGGUCUGGGAGCUCUACGGCUGGUGACCCGGCGGGGCUGAGGGGCUCCCGGCCGGGGCGUGUGUCCCCGAGGGUGCACAGCCCCGCCCCCGGCGGUCCCUGGGGCCUGCGUCUGGCUCCCGCCACGGCGCACACUCGGAGGGCUGCGGCGGCCGGGAGGUUGCGGCGGAGGGGAGGCUGCGCGCCGAGCGCAAGCCGCGAGCACAAACAGGGCGAGGAGGCUGGGCCUGCGGUCAACGAGGACCCGACUCUCCGAGGCUCCUGGGGCGGGAGCGGCGAGCGCACCGCCAGCUCCUCGGCGCCCCCCACGCCCACCCCGCCCCAGCCCCGCCGGGACCUCCACGUAGCGGGGUUGCGCAUCCCUCUGCCUUCUCGCCCCUGUAUUGAAGCUUCUCACAACCCCCAGCCACAGCAGAGCCAGCUGUGCGCACCUGGGAGAGGCAUUCUCCUCACCCUACGUGCAGGUGUGGCCAGGCAACAGCUGCUGUGUACGCGUCCAUUUCCCCCAACUCCCACCUCGCUGGGAAGCCUCUGGAGGUCUUGGUGGGGGUGUAACUCUUACUUGCAGGUGGAGGUGGACAUUUGUUCUAGGGUGUUGGGGAGCAGAGGAAGGGGAUGCUGGGAGAAGUGGGUUAUAGGGCAAAAAGCGCCCCCUCUGCGUCCUCAGAUGACCCAGAGUUGAGUCUCUUCCUGUCCCCGCCCCUCAAAGCCACCAGGCCCCCAAAGAUUUCCUCAGAGGGUGGGAGAAGCAGGUGGGGAGGCACUCUGAAGCCUGAGACCCUGCUUUUUCUGUCUUACAAACCCUCCCACCCAAAGCCCCAACAAAGACCCACAGCCACCGGCCACAAAGCUUCUCCUUCCUCCUCUGCGCCUGCCAUCCCCUGUGGUCUGGUGGGGCCAUUGGGAGGAUGACCGUCCAGGGGCGGGAGCUCAGAUGGCAGUCCGCAGCAGGAUUCUUCCUGGGGGGUGAGGGCCUCUUGGGGUGUCUGCAAGGUGCCCCAGGGGACACGCUGUGCCUGGAGUGUGCCAGGGCCGGCAGGGAGGGGCUCCGUCCUUUACUGAGUUCCAGGAAAGGCCUUGGCAGUCAGCAAAGCCCUGGGCUCCAGGGCCAUUGAGGGUGGGGCUGGGGGAGGGACCCCAGGCUGCUGAAGGGCCUCACCUGGGCCUCAGGCCCCUGGGCCAUCUGAUGGCAUCUCUGGCACCCUCUGUGGCCAAAGGUGAAGAGAUGGAUGCCAGUGCAGGCCUGGGCCAUGGACCACCUUCCCCCACAUACAGGCAUACUUCCCACACAUGUGCUCACCCAGCCAAUGCUCAGUGAAUUUCCCAGUCAGGAGGCACCUUCACUGUCAUCAACUUCAACCUUCUACCUGAUGUAUGAAAGCUAUCCAUGAUUUCCCAGGUCAGUGAUGUUCCAAAGCCGUCUGCACACCUGCUGUGACAGGGACAGUCUCACCAGGCAGCUCCCUGCCCUUCUGGACUUCCCUAUCUCCAAGUCCAGUCACCUACAGGAUACCUGGUCUGCAAGUGACAGAGCACAUGGUCUAGAAGUGACUGAACUCAUCCUCAUGUCCCUCACACCAGCUCCUCCCCACUGCCCACCGUGACCCUCCAUCCUCCAAACUCACCAUGAAGGUGGGUUAAUUUUUAACUGUUUUCUCUCUUUCACCAUUCUAGGGCAGAUCUAUUACCAAAUUCUUCCCUAUGUUGCUUUUAUUACAAGAUGAAUAUAUUGUUUGCUAUUUUGCUCAUCAAUUCCUUCCUCUCCAAUCCCAUAGAUCCAACCUUUGGACCAAAUUCCCACAGCUGUUGCCACAUUGUCCUUUCUGACCCAGGUUUUUCCUUCCUACUACAUACUUGGCUGGAAUAAUCUUUCUUAAACACUUUAUUGUGUAUGGCAUCAACUUCAGACUCCUCCACAAGUACACUGGGUAUGCCAGCUGCUGACCUGUGUAUUCCACAUGAGGGAACCCGGUUCAUUCAUGGUGUGCCCAGAACACAGAGUGCACAGGGCCUGGUG